UGUAUCAGAAGAAGAAGAAGAAGAAGAAGAAGAAGAGAAGGAAGAGGAGAAGAAGGCAGCAGACAGCGCAUCAUCCAUCUUCGGGAAAUACGAGCAGCAGCUAUCUAACGAUAAAGAGCAAACACCGGCCAUCAUGGGAGCCGUGCUGGGAUUGUGCUCCAUGGCGAGCUGGAUCCCCUGCCUGUGUGGCAGCGCCCCCUGUCUGCUGAGUCGCUGCUGCCCCAGUGGAAACAACUCUACGGUGACUCGGCUCAUCUAUGCCUUCUUCCUGCUGCUGGGAGUGGCUGUGGCCUGUAUCAUGCUGAUGCCCGGCAUGGAGGGCCAGUUGAAGAAGAUUCCAGGUUUCUGUGAAGGAGGGAUUGGCUCGUCUAUUCCUGGCGUGGAGGGUCAUGUGAACUGCGACGUGCUAGUUGGCUACAAGGCUGUGUACCGCGUUUGCUUCGGCAUGGCCAUGUUCUUCCUGCUCUUCUCUCUGCUCAUGAUCAAAGUCAAGAGCAGCCAGGACCCCCGAGCUGCACUGCACAACGGGUUUUGGUUUUUUAAGUUUGCUGCAGCAGCUGCCAUCACUAUUGGAUCUUUUUUCAUCACAGAAGGCCCCUUCACUACUGUGUGGUUCUAUGUCGGCAUGGCUGGAGCCUUCUGCUUUAUCCUCAUCCAGCUGGUUUUACUCAUUGACUUCGCCCAUUCCUGGAAUGAGUCCUGGGUGGAGAAGAUGGAGGAGGGAAACUCUCGCUGCUGGUAUGCAGCCCUGCUGUCGGUCACCACACUGAACUACGUGUUGUCUCUUGUGUCUGUGGUCAUGUUCUACGUGUACUACACGCACUCUGAUGGCUGCACUGAGAACAAAGUGUUCAUCAGCAUUAACAUGCUGCUCUGCCUCGGCUCCUCUGUGCUCUCCAUCCUGCCUCACAUCCAGGAGUCACAGCCCAGAUCCGGCCUGCUGCAGUCCUCCCUGGUCACCCUUUACACCAUGUACCUGACCUGGUCUGCCAUGACCAAUGAGCCUGACAGGAAGUGUAACCCGAGCCUUCUGGGUAUUAUCGGGCUGAACAGCACCGGCCCUGCAGGUCAGGACCAUGUGGUUCAGUGGUGGGAUGCCCAGGGGAUUGUGGGAUUGAUCCUUUUCCUCAUGUGUGUCCUCUACUCCAGUAUUCGUAACUCGUCCAACGGCCAGGUGAACAAGCUGACUCUGACCAGCGAUGAGUCAGCUCUGAUUGAGGACGGGCCUCAGGCUGACGGCUUUGAGGAAGGCAGUGGAGGCAACCGAGCCGUGGACAAUGAGAAGGAUGGCGUCACCUUCUACUCUUUCUUCCACUUCAUGCUGUUCCUGGCUUCACUCUACAUCAUGAUGACGCUCACCAACUGGUACAGUCCCGACUCCAACUACGAGUCCAUGACCAGCAAGUGGCCGUCUGUGUGGGUGAAAAUCUCCUCCAGUUGGAUCUGCAUCGCCCUCUAUGUGUGGACACUGGUGGCUCCGCUGGUCCUGGUCAACAGAGACUUUGACUGAAACACACACUGCACUGGUCACACACCCCCUCAUGCUCUGCUUCAGUGUUUGUUAAGUAGACAGUAGGUAGCUAACCCUGCAUCAGUCCAUCUGCUGGGGCUGGGCUCUGACUGCAGCCUGGCUCCUCUGCUGGAGUGGGAAUGUACUGCUCUCCCCAUGCUGUUACCAUUGUAAAUAUAUCCUGUGUAUUACUUUUGUAUAGUUUAGUUUUCUUCUUAUAAAGACAGAGCUGCAUGCGUUCCUUUAAACCUGAUGUGAUAUUAACAGUAGCCGUAUCAAUAACACUUUAACUCUAACUGCAGUAUUACUCCUGGGAAUGCUGUUCCAUGUAGAUGACGUGCUGAGAUGGUGCUGUUAUCUGAGCAGGACUCCAGCUGUGGCUCAUUGUAGUUCACUUACUUGCACAUCACUGUGUUUGAAUUUUGACUUUUUAAAUGUAAUAUAGAAAUUGGUCGUUUUAAACUUCUCAAUAAAUUAUUUGGUAGUGUUAAUAUUAGCAUGAAGUUUCUCACACACUUAGCAGACACAUUGUGUGUACUGUAUCACCUGUGCUUUUAUCCUAAUAUGAUUUUUCUUUGGACAUGUAAAAGUGUACUGUAUGUGGUUUAAUAAAACUGAGGCAAAAGACAA